AUGUCGUUGCCAGCUACUUCACCGCUCAAUCCCGACGGCGGACGUCGAGGAAGACGACAUUCUAUCUUUGCUGAUUUUAUACCAGACGAUCUUGCAUUUCCUCCGCCGUUCAUCGACCCGACUCCAAAUGUGGACGAGAUUCUCAACCGAGAUAUUGACGAAUGUUCCUCUGAAGAUGAACACCGCGAUGAAGAAGCCGUCGAAGACCCGCGAUACGUAAACGAAACAGACGUCCAAUUAGCCUUUCACCCAACAGGCAUCGCUUUCGGACAAGGCUUCUCAGCCGUUCCUCCAUCAAACAUCGACAUCCCGCCCCCAAACCCCCACGACUUUGAACAAUCUCUCCGCGCUGAAGUUUCCCUCCUUCGCGACAACGAUAUCAUACCCCCGAAGCAUCCUCCUACAGGAUGGAAGACCACAAAGCUCGGCCGACUGUAUCGGCACCUGUUUAGUACGCGCGUGCACGAUCAUGAUAAGCCCCUGUUUGCAGCGGAAGACUCGGGUGAGACGACGCCGUUGUUGCGAGAGAGAGUUGUGAGGUUUGAUGGGAUCCCGCCGACGCCGGGGCCGGAUGAGGUCCAUAAGAGAUGGGAGGAGGCGCUUGCGUCGCAUAAGAUUGAGACGACGUGGCAGCGUGAGACUAAGACGUUGAUUCAAUAUGCGCUGCCUCUGAUUGUCACUUUUCUCUUGCACUAUUCCGUUACCGUCGCCUCGGUCUUGACAGUCGGUCGUCUCGGCAUGGAGGAGCUCGCCGCUGUCAACUUGGCUACCAUGACUGCCUCAAUCAGUUACUACGUCCCAGUCCAGGGCCUAGCAACGUGCCUCGACACCCUUUGCGCGCAAGCAUACGGCUCUGGCCACAAACAUCUUGUCGGUCUUCAAGCGCAGAGGAUGACCUAUCUUCUCUGGUUACUCAUGAUUCCCAUCGCUAUUGUCUGGUGGUUCUCAGAACCUAUCCUCGCCGCAGCCGUCGGCCCCGGUCGUACAACAACAUUGGCCGCUAUGUAUAUGCGCAUUCUCAUCGCGGGCAUGCCCGGCGUAUCAGCCUUUGAGAGUGCAAAGAGGUUUGUUCAGAGUCAAGGUUUAUUUCAUGCUACAACCUAUACCCUCCUCGUUGGAGCGCCGUUGAGCUUCUUGCAGAAUUGGCUGUUUGUGUUCAAGUUUGGAUGGGGCUUCCCUGGUGCGGCCAUUGCUAUGGCUGUUACCCACAAUCUCCUCCCGAUUCUGCUGAUUCUGUAUGUGCGGCUUUUCGAAGGUUAUGAGUGUUGGAAGGGCUUCAGCCGCAAAGCUUUCACAAACUGGGGUCCGAUGAUCAAAUUGGCUUUGCCGGGAAUGAUCAUGAUUGAAGCCCAGUUCUCAGUUCUUGAGAUCCUCACCAUCGCUGCUGGACGGUUUGGUACAGCACAACUAGCCGCUCAAGGAGUCUUGGUGACUGUGACCUCGACAUCCUUCAAUAUCCCGUUCCCCUUGGCUAUCGCGACAUCAACUCGCGUCGCAAACCUCAUCGGAGCCAACUUGAGCAAAGCCGCACGCGUGACAGCCAAAGUGGCCAUCUUCGCCGCACUCAUCGUCGGCAUCUUUAAUUUAACCAUCUUGACGACCCUCCGAAGGCAAAUCCCUGCUGUAUUCACCGAAGACGAACAAGUCAUCGACAUCGCAUCCAAAGUCAUUCUCGUCUGUGCAGUCAUGCAGAUUUUUGACGCACUAGCAGCUAUCUCUCACGGUCUUCUCCGCGGUAUCGGACGCCAGUCCAUUGGCUCUUACGCCAAUCUCUUCGCAUACUACGUAGUCGCUUUGCCAAUUGCCCUCGGUACCAGCUUUGGGCUCGGUUGGGGGUUAGCUGGUCUCUGGGUUGGCUUGACAGCUGGACUUGCUAUCGUAUCGGGCCUGGAGGCCAUGUAUCUGUACUUCACAGAUUGGGAGGAAGCUGUGAAGCAAGCUGAAGCUAGAAUGCGAACGGAGACGACUAGAAGACGAUCUUCUCUGUCUGGACUUUCGCACUAA